AUGGCGUUCGGCGGUACGCCGCGAGGUGGCCGUGGUGGUGGACGAGGAGGUCCGCCUAGGGGAGGCGCAAGAGGCGGACGAGGUGGUGGAAGAGGCGGCGGUCCAGGCGGGCGAGGUGGGAGAGGCGGUGGCCGAGGCGGUCCAGCCAGAGGAGGAAGAGGUGGUGGUAGAGGUGGUGCGAAGCCCGGGAUCAAGGGUGGAGCGAAGGUCAUAAUUGAACCUCACCGACACCCCGGCGUCUUCGUCGCACGCGGCGGUAAAGAGGACCUCCUCGUAACCAAGAACCUCACACCGGGCGAAAGCGUCUACGGCGAAAAGCGCAUCAGUGUCGACUCGCCCAACACAAACAGCGCAGACGGAGAUGCUCCGGCUCUCAAGACAGAAUACAGAGUUUGGAACCCUUUCCGCUCGAAGUUGGCCGCGGGUAUCUUGGGAGGGUUGGACGACAUUUACAUCCGGCCAGGUGCUUCGGUGCUGUACCUGGGUGCCGCAUCAGGCACUUCAGUUUCGCACGUCGCAGACAUUGUCGGCCCUACCGGCCGCGUGUACGCGGUCGAAUUCUCCCACAGAUCUGGAAGAGAUCUCAUCACCAUGGCAACACACCGCACCAACGUGAUCCCCAUCAUCGAAGAUGCUCGCCACCCCUUACGUUAUCGCAUGCUCGUGGGCAUGGUGGACGUUAUCUUUGCGGACGUGGCGCAGCCAGAUCAAGCACGUAUCGUCGGCCUUAACGCGCAUUUAUUCCUCAAGGUCGGCGGAGGCGUCUUGGUCAGUAUCAAGGCGAACUGCAUCGACUCGACGGCCAAGCCCGAGGUGGUGUUUACGAAUGAAGUGAAGAAGAUGAGGGAGGAAAGGAUCAAGCCAAAGGAGCAAUUGACACUGGGUACGUAUUCCAUCUCACCCCCCUUUUUUUGGGCUGCUUCAUCUGUCCCCACCGUAUCCUGUGUCGUCAAACAAGGUUUCCUUUACUUCCUUCGGGAAGGUGAUAUUCGGCCUCGAAAGGACCAAUAUUACUUACCAUCCACGAGGUGA